AUGUCUUGCCCCAACUACUACUCAGGAAACUGCAGCUCAGGAGCCCUCAGAAACUCCUGCCAUAUUCCUCCCACCUCCUCCAUUGCUGUCUACUCCACCAAUGUGAGCUGUGGAGAUGCCCUCUACUUACCUGGUAGCUGUCAAGACUGCACCUGGCUCACAGACAACUGCCAGGAGACCUGCGGGGAACCAACCAGCUGCCAGCCGGCCAACCUUGAAACCUCUUGCUGUUCUUCCUCUGCCUACUACGUGCCCAGACCCUGCCAAGGAACCAGUUUUCUUCCUGCUUCUUCCUUCAUCUCCAGCUCCUACCUCCCAGGAUCCUGUAGCCCUCUAAACUUUACAUCCAGCAGCUACCGUCCACUGAUCCCCCUGCUCAGUAGUGGCCAGUUCCUAGGAGGCUACGUGCCCAGUUGCUAUCGCCCCCUCACCUGCUUGUCCAACAGCUGGAGACCCCUGAGCCUUGCCACCUGUGGAUACCCACCCUUGGGUUGCUUGGCCUACAGACCUCAAGCACUUCAGAUUGUGACCAGCAGCCUCAGACCCCUGGGGCCUCUGUCCGGUGGUUGCCAGCCUCUGAGCCCUGUGUUCAGCACUUGUCGUCCAUCUUGCUUUGCACAAGGAUGCCAGUAG